AUGCUUCGAAGAUUGACUCUGGACGAUUUGGCCGCCAUUCGCAAGCAUUCCCAGCCAUUGACGGGCGGCAUCGCCCCUACCACUUCUUCGGCUUUGUUCAAAACGCAGCGAAGCUUGCAAAAGCCUCGGUCUAGGAACUUUAACCAUCGUCUGAAUGAUGAGAGCAGAGCGAGAGAGGCUGCUACACUCAAAGCGGCGGGGGCUGAGUUGACUGGUCGAGUCCUAAGCUUGGCAACUGGAAGACCAUCUCCAGAAUACUUUCCGCUGCUCGAUCUAUCUUUCAGGUUCUGCCAGCCUAAUGACUUUAGUACGCAACAUCCUCGUGGCGAGAAACCGCAGACGAAUGGCCAUCAUGGAGAUCGCGACCUGUCGGUUGAGAUACCUGCAUCAUUAAGCUACGGGUAUGCUGGAGGAAGCGAGAUCCUCGUUCGCUUUCUGACAGAGCAUAUCGAAGCUAUUCAUGAUCCGCCAUAUUCCAACUGGGAAGUGUUCCUAAAUAUCGGAAGUACAUCUGCCAUUGAGCAUGCGUUCCGGAUGUUCUGCAUCAGAGGUGAUCACAUUCUGGUGGAGGAAUACACCUACUCCGGCACCCUCGAAGCUAUGACGCCCUUAGGACUUCGUACCGCAACAGUGAAAAUGGACGAACAAGGCAUCUCAGCAAAAGACCUUGAUUCAGUGCUUUCCCAUUGGGAUGAAAGCGAACGCGGUUCUGCAAAGCCCUUCCUUCUCUACACCAUCCCCACUGGCCACAAUCCCACCGGAGUUACUCAAACGUUCCAGCGACGCAAAGAGAUUUAUCAAGUUGCUGAGAAACACGACCUUCUCGUCAUUGAGGAUGAUCCUUACUACUACCUGCAAUUCACUACGCAGGAAGCAACAAGCGAGUCGAAUUCAUCACAGCACUCAUCCGAUCUGGACAGCUAUCUUCAGAGCCUUGUACCUUCCUACCUCUCAAUGGAUGUAUCAGGCCGAGUUAUUCGCUUGGACUCAACAUCAAAGACACUUGGACCAGGUCUUCGCUGCAGCUGGAUGACGACCAACUCGGAUAUAGCCUCUAAAAUCCGGAACCAUCAUGACGUCGGAGUGGUUUGCCCGAGCGGCUUGUCGCAGCUUGCCAUAAGCCACCUCCUCGAAGACAAAUGGGGACAUCGCGGGUUCACUCAAUGGCUCGUUUACUUGCGCGAUGAGUACGCAAAUCGCCGAGACACUCUUAUCAAGGCAUGCAAAAAGCACCUCCCUUUGGAUAUAUGCUCCUGGCAGGUUCCCUCAGCCGGCAUGUUUCUUUGGAUCAAUUUAGAUUGGCGGCAGCAUAGCCUGGCCAGCAAAAUUCAUGAUGAGUCACUUUCGAAUACAUUCGCGGCCAUCGAAGACAGCUUGUAUAGAGGGGGUUUGAGGAAGGGUACAUUAUGUUGCAAGGGAAGUGCAUUUUUCGCGUCGAACGAAACACCUGAAAAUAUGUUUCUAAGGGCUACCUUUGCAUCUAUUUCACUGGAGGAACUGGAUAUAGCUAUACAAAGGGUGGGAGAGGCUCUUAGGGAGGAGUUUUACUGA